UAAAUAGUCAACUGAGUUACUUACGCACAAGCACAUCAAAAUGAAUGUGUGGCUAGUUUUGUUGUCGGUUUUGUAUGCAACUACAAUUAUUUGUUGUAAAGCUUUAACUGUUGAAAACUCAAUAACAUUGCCGAACAAAAUUGGCAGUCGCGAAGACUGGUUUAUAUUGUCCAAGUAUUACGCCAGCAUUCACAAACCGUACAAUGUAAAGAAAUAUGUGCCUUACAAGCCUGCAGACAAGCCAACUACAGUGGACACUCCUUUGACAUCAACACCGCUCCAUACCAGCACCACGGAAGCAGCAGAAGGCGAUCAUAACGAACAGACUAGUGAAAUGGGAAUGGUUGAAACAAGCACUGUUGAAUCUACAACGGACGCAUUGACGAGCACCACAGAGAUGUCCGAAAUGUCCACCUUAUUGCUGUCUAUAAUUGGGAGCACACCAGGCACUGAGAGUACUACCUCAUAUGACGAGCUGAGAGAGUCGAGCUUCCAGCCGUAUAACGAGACUAGCUAUACUAGCGAAGCUCCUGCAACGUCUCUAGAUGUCACCAGCGAAAUCCACUUUGAUGCAGUUUCAACAACAAUCCCGCCAGAGACGACAACCGAUGUGGGCGAUACGACAACACAAGUUCCUAUGCUCACCAUCGAAACACCAACAUCCGUUGAAGACACCACUUAUGUCAACUGUUUGCUGCCGACAACGUCUUUUCAACAAGAAACCACAACGGAAUCGGGAGUUGCAACCACAACCUGGUCGGAACCGGACGGCACAAGAGACGAGGCAAAUACGAGAGCCCAACUUCUUGGAAGUACAACCCAACCAACACCAACAACAUCAUCUGAACCCGAUACGACAACGGACGGAGCAGAUACGACAACCCAACUUCUUAUAACAACCCAAUCCUCAUCAGCAAUAACAUCUGAGCCCGAAACAACAACGGAUACGACAACUGAACUUUUAACAAGCGUAACCCAAACAACAACCACUUCAUCAGCGGAACCGGACACUACAACAGACGUGGCAGACGCGACAACCCAAUCCACUCAAACGACAUCAUCUGAGCCGGAGACCACAACCGGAAUGGCAGAUACAACCACACAAAUAACUAUAUUCACAACCCGAACAGCACUAUUAGAAAGUGGCACAACUGAAAUACCAUUUGGCCCGAGCAGCACUAUUGCUUUUGAAAGCACCACCGAAGCAGAUGCCGUCGUUGAGGUAAAUACGGAUGAGACGAUGGCCAGAACUUCCUCCGGAGAUGCCAUUCUUGUGGAUGAUAUAAUCCAGGCUAAGCCGCGAAAGUUGACAUAUUCUUCAGAUGUAAUGCCCGAGAUGGAAUGGUAUUAAAAUGCACAAACAAAACUAUUUGAAUAUGCUAAUUUAUAGAGGAAUAAAAUUUAAAAAAAAA